AUGAACUCAAACCCUGAUUCAAGAGAAAUCUCAUCGUAUCUCCAGAGCAUGAUCUCGGAGCCUACAGCUCGAUCUGCAGUUCGCUCAAUAGGUUCUCGAGCUGCAACAAGCCAUGCAGAAGAAAGUCGGACCGUUUCGCGCUCGCGCGCAGUGUCUAUGGGCCCCUCGACCGACCGCGUUUUGUGCGCAGUGACCGAGGGUCGAGGGGUUGCCACUGUUGUUGGAAUCUGUUUCGUUAUUCCAUCAACCUGCGAGCUUAUCAUGUGCAACAUUGUCGAUUCGCAAACGUACAUUCGUACGCUGCAAAAACUUGACGUGUUUGAUCCAGAUGAAAUCCUAAUGCCUUCAUCAUCUAUUCUCCCAAUCAAAUCUAAACUCUGUGGCCUUAUCGAAACACAUUUCCCUGGUGCGCGGAUUGUGGAAACCUCCCGCAAGCACUUUAAUCAGGACGCCGAGCGUGAGCUUGUGUUGGACCACACAUUUGGCCCUGAGCGUGAGGCUCUUAAUUAUGAAAUCACCGAUAAGUAUUACAUGAUUGGCGCGGCUUCGGCGUUGUUGCAGCACAUCAAGACCAAAUAUGCAGCAGUUUUCGACAUGAACCGGUUGCGUAUCAAGAUCCAGGCCAGUGAAGAUAGUAUGGUGCUCAACACUAAAACCAUAAAGUCACUAGAAAUUAUCCACAACUUGCUUGAGGGGGCUGCAGGCAUGUCAUUGUAUAAACUUAUGAAUCAUACCAAAACAAGUAUGGGUGCACGGAUCUUGCGUGCCAACUUGUUGCAGCCCUUGACACGACUUGAAAACCUGACUAGGCGACAAGACGCCGUAGAAGAGCUUUGUCGCAACGUUGACAUCAUCACUGAGUGCCAACAAAAGCUCAAUGUGUUUGAGGACAUGGACAAAUUGCUGACAGCCAUGUCAUUUCAGUUAAAGAAGAAAAAUGUCGUUACGGAUCGCAGGAUUAAUCAAGUCAUUAUGCUCAAAGAUGCUGUUACUAUGUCGAUUGAAAUUGCUGAGGAGGUAUUGGUGGAUGUUCAAAGCGAGUUGUUGGUUGAGCUUAGAGAAAAGCUUGGAGGUGCAGAAGUGCGUGAAGUGAAGGAAUUGAUUUCACGAUACAUUGAAGAAAAUACCAGGUGGGCCAAGAGCUCGCAGGAAUUAAGAUUGCAGCGCACCAAUGCCGUCAAGGCAGGUUCGAAUGGGUUUCUGGACAUUUCGCGGACACUAUUUCGCGAGUACACAGACGACUUUUAUGCCACUGCACGGAAAUAUGUAUCCGAAUUUGGGAUUCCAUUUGAGCAUGGAUACGACACCAAGCGUGGACACUUUCUUAAGGUUCCGGGCCAUUUGGCCGAGGAAGUGGAAGGCAAGUUAGAUAAAGACAUGUUUAUCCACCGACGCACGACGCGGAAGCACAUUGAAAUGACGACGCUGGAUGUGAUGAAGAUCAACAUUAGGAUUCAAAAUAUAACCAAGGAGAUUAUUUUGAUGAGUGACGGGAUAGUUGAUGGGCUUUUUGAGGAGCUGGGGAAGCGCACGUUUGACAUGUUUUUAGUUUCAGAGGCGGUUGCCAUGCUAGAUCUUAUGUGUGCGUUUGCGCACUUAGCAACAAGCUCGACGGGAGGAUACACGCGCCCUGAGUUUACGACCGAGGGAGCAACCCGCGAAAAACUUGCAGUGAAGUUGUCGCGGCACCCGAUUCUUGACCGAACAAUGCGAUUCAAACCAUUUGUCCCCAACGAUAUUUACGCUUCCCCGGACACGUCGCGGAUGAAUAUAAUCACAGGUGUUAAUAUGAGCGGCAAGAGUGUGUAUUUACGCCAGAUAGCCUUGCUGGUAAUCAUGGCUCAAGUGGGGAGUUUUAUCCCAGCAGAGUUUGCAAAACUCCCGAUUUAUAAGGGGCUCUACGCACGGAUCCAGAGUGAUCCAGGAGAUGAUGACAUGUUAGCAUCGUCGUUUUCAGCCGAGAUGACAGAAAUAGCCUACAUUCUGCAUCACCUUGGAAGCUCCAACACUGCAGCCGGUGAAGGCUCGGUGGCAGAAGGGUUGCCGGACCUUGUGCUAAUUGACGAGUUAGGCCGCGGGUCUGGGGUUGCAGACGGGCUUGCAAUAUCACUAGCAAUUACGGACUGGUUGGUGCGGGUGCCGACGAGACGAGGCAGGGUAGGGCAAGGAGUUGUGACGACAUUUUUGUCGACACACUUUCAGGACCUGGCCAAAGCUAUGGGGGCACGUCCCGGGGUUGCCAUUUUGAAUAUGAAAGCGGAUAUCCAGCAACAGGGUAUGACUAUGCACUACAAGGCUACCAAAACUUCUGCACAAGCUGUUGACUCGCUUUUCCUCGCAUUGCCCAUCGCCACGGACAAGACCCGGCCGGCGCCAUCGGGUAACGACCCUCAACCCCACCACCACCACCAUCACCAUGCUUCUUCUUCAUCAUCCUCAUCCUCUUCUUCUUCUUCUGAUGCCAGUAUGUCACUACAUCGGCUAUCGUACGGACUUCUUUUAGCACAUGCGCUGCCUUUCCCCUUACAAUUUCUGAAAUCUGCGCGGGGAAUCCGUGACAUGUUGCAACGAGCAAGUGAUGCACAGGCAGCGGCUGGAGGGGCCACGCGUGCCGCAUGGAGACAAAAAAAACGCGUUGUGGAUUUGUGCGAGGCAUUGGUACAUAUUGAGCAAAUGUGUGUGCAAAAUGGUAGCCAUUGUCGUAGAAAUGAAAAUGAAAAUGAAGAAGAAGAAGAAGAAGGAAAAAGGACGCGUGAAUGGCUUAAGUUUUUACAGCAGCAGUUUUUCGAGCAAGCAUCUGAGGAUUAG